UCUGACUAGAAAAGGAGAAACAGAAACGAAGCUAAGACUACAAUAAAGAACGUUAAGGUCCGGGUUAGGUAAAAAGCGCCACUACUCAGACCACGUGUUUGUAUUUCCACACCCGGGGUAUCAAAACAAAGCUGCGUGGUCCCGCCCAGCAUCCGUCACGUGACCUCCACGUGAGAGCCGGCGUUUCCGUAGGAGCCGGGCGGGAGUCGCCGGGGCUCCUUCCUGUGGUGCAGCUUCGGGUGUCGGAGUUUGGCCCCUACUCUGACCCCACCCCAGCUCCACUCCGCCUUGGGUUCCGGCAGAACCCGCCUUGCGGUAGCCAUGGCAGCAGGCUCCGAGGCGACCACUCCUGUGAUCGUUGCAGCUGGGGCUGGAGGGGAGGAAGGUGAACAUGUCAAACCUUUUAAGCCAGAGAAAGCAAAAGAAAUUAUCAUGUCUUUACAACAACCUGCAGUCUUCUGUAACAUGGUGUUUGAUUGGCCAGCACGACACUGGAAUGCUAAAUACCUUUCGCAGGUCCUUCAUGGCAAGCAGAUACGAUUCAGAAUGGGGAUGAAAAGCAUGAGCACAGUUCCUCAGUUUGAAACUACAUGUAAUUACAUAGAAGCUACACUCGAAGAGUUUCUGACCUGGAACUGUGACCAGUCUAGUAUUUCUGGACCAUUUAGAGAUUAUGACCCUUCCAAGUUCUGGGCUUAUGCUGACUAUAAAUAUUUUGUCAGUCUAUUUGAAGACAAGACAGAUCUUUUCCAGGAUGUGAAAUGGUCUGACUUCGGGUUUCCUGGAAGAAAUGGACAGGAAAGUACAUUGUGGAUUGGCUCCUUGGGAGCCCACACACCCUGUCAUCUGGACUCCUAUGGUUGUAACUUGGUAUUCCAGGUACAAGGAAGGAAACGAUGGCAUCUCUUUCCUCCUGAAGAUACUCCUUUCCUUUAUCCAACUAGAAUCCCUUAUGAAGAAUCUAGUGUGUUCAGUAAAAUCAAUGUUGUCAAUCCUGAUUUAAAGCGUUUUCCUCAGUUCCGGAAAGCUCAAAGACAUACGGUUACACUGAGCCCAGGACAGGUUCUCUUUGUUCCCAGACACUGGUGGCAUUACGUAGAAUCCAUUGAUCCUGUCACUGUCAGUAUAAACUCAUGGAUUGAACUGGAAGAGGAUCACCUAGCCCGGGUAGAAGAGGCAAUCACCCGUAUGCUUGUGUGUGCCCUGAAAACUGCAGAGAAUCCACAAAAUACCAGAGCCUGGUUAAACCCCACUGAGGUUGAGGAAACGUCCCAUGCAGUCAACUGUUGCUACUUAAAUGCAGCUGUUUCUGCAUUUUUUGAUCGUUGCAGAACAUCUGAGGUAGUAGAAAUCCAAGCACUGAGAACAGAUGGAGAGCACAUGAAAAAGGAAGAAUUAAAUGUGUGCAACCACAUGGAGGUGGGCCAAACAGGUAGCCAGAACUUGACCACAGGAACAGACAAACCGGAGGCAGCAAGUCCCUUUGGCCCUGAUCUGGUCCCUGUAGCACAGAGGUCCGAAGAACCACCUUCAGAAAGAGGAGGCAUAUUUGGAAGUGAUGGGAAAGACUUUGUGGACAAGGAUGGAGAACACUUUGGAAAAUUGCAUUGUGCCAAGAGACAACAAAUAAUGAGCAACAGUGAAAAUGCAAUUGAGGAACAGAUUGCCUCAAAUACUACUACGGCUCCUUCUCAAACAUUCAUUUCUACGGAUGACUUGCUGGACUGCUUGGUGAAUCCACAAGUAACCAGGAUAGUGGCACAACUUUUGAUACAAGGAAGAAGUUUAUGAUUCAAGUGGAAGAUGACUUUUAAAAUAAUAUUUUUUAAAUAUAUAUUUUUAAGUAGUAUGACUAAAAUAAAGAUGAACCAGCAAAAGGUCAGUUUGCACGUUUGUAAAUGUAUUUAUCCUUACCGAAUUACAUGUCAGUCUGUUGCCGCCUUCUUUCAUGCACAUUCCUCUUUGGCCAAACUGGCUGCUCUUUGUUUGUAAGCUUUUGUUCCUCUCUCAUCCCAUACUUUUAGCCUGUGUCAAAUGUUAAGUCCCAAGUAUUUCCAGCAGGAAGUAAUGUCUUCCUCAGCCUCAACCAGGGACCAGCCGACUGCUUACUUUUGCAAAUAAAAUUUUACUGGAA